CAAAAGGUUUACGCAAACUAAUAGACUUACUACUUCAACAAUGGAUUCAACAACUACUUCAACUACUUCAACAACUAAUCUACAGAAACUAAAAUUAUAUCGUGCAGAGAUUUUCGUUGGUACCAACGUUAUCCCCUCCAUUUUUCGGGGAACUGUCGCCUUACCGAGGGUUUGGCAGAACAGAGAGGCAAAACAUCAGUGAUAUUUUGUCCUCUUUUAUCUUUGUUGCGCGCGCAUUAUUGACAAUAAUGGCCGUCGAUGGUUAAUAACCUAAAAGUGCUGUCGAAUAUCGUUUUCUUUUGACCAUGAAGACAUGCAACACAUGUGGUUUUUGGAAGGAGAGAAAUGAAGUAAAAGAUAUAACUUUUCACGUAUUUCCAAAGAAAAAAGAUAUUCGGCAGAAAUGGAUAAAGGCAACAAAUAAAGUUAAUUUUAUUCCCACGAGAACAAGUGUUUUAUGCAGCCAGCACUUUUCAAGUGAUUGCUUCUAUUAUCCAAGUGGCAGAUCAAAACAACGUGUCUUAAAACCAGAUUCUGUACCAACCAGGAAGUUAAAAGUGCCCCUAAGAGAAAAUAUUAAUAUCAAUCUUCCAAACGACAAUAUUGAAAAAAACAAUACGAUGCAGUUUGGGAAUAAAUCCUUCAAAAAAAGUACAGCUAAGUCUAACAUAAAUACAGAGAUGACAAUCUAUGAUGAUAAUACAUCUAACAUGGAUAGUAAAUGUCAAAUGGAAGUAAAAGAUACAUACAAGAGACAUGCUGUAACUCCCAAAUGUAAAUUGAUUCGGCAAAGAAACCCAAGGUAUAUCGGCGACUGUACUCUUAGCGAUUUUCAAUCACCGCGGAAAGCUUUGCGUAAUUGGAAAAUGCCAUGACUCACGUCAAUACAUUACGUCAAUAAUUAGCAACAAUACAGAAGCAAAAUUAUCAUUUAAAAAAGAAAGUCACAAACCUUCAAACAUUGGUAACAACUUUAAAGAAUAAAAGAUUAUUAUCAGAUGAUGCAGCAAGAG